AUGUUGGAUUCUAUGAGAUCUGCUCACCGAAGAAAGGAGAGUUUGUCUUUGUUUCUGCUGCAUCGGGAGCAGUUGGUCAGAUUGUUGGUCAACUUGCAAAGCUCCAUGGCUGCUAUGUCGUCGGAAGUGCUGGAACAAAUGAGAAAGGUUGAACUCCUAAAAGAUAAGUUUGGAUUCGAUGCAGCUUUUAAUUACAAAGAGGAGCCUGACUUGACUGUAGCACUAAAAAGGUACUUUCCUGAAGGUAUCGACAUCUACUUCGAGAAUGUAGGAGGACCAAUGCUAGAUGCUGUACUCCUUAACAUGCGGAUGCAUGGUCGCAUAGCAGUAUGUGGCAUGGUAUCCCAGCACGGCAUGACUGACCCUGCAGGGAUCCACAACCUCUUCUGCCUGGUGCCGAAACGGAUCAGUAUGAAGGGCUUCAUCCAGAGUGAUUACAUCAACUUAUUCCCACAGUUCGUCGAUUACAUGACCAAGCAUUACAAGGAUGGCAAGAUUGCAUAUGUAGAAGACAUGAGCAUUGGGCUAGAGAACGCGCCAGCUGCCUUUGUUGGUCUAUUCAGUGGUAAAAAUGUGGGCAAACAAGUCGUGUGUGUGUCACAAGAGUGA